UUUUGUGUUAUAGAGAGAAUCAAGGUUUUGCUGAUUAGAAUUUGUCACUUGUUGGUGAAGCCUUGAUUUCGGUUCAACCAAGUAGAGUGGCACAAAUUUUGGGUAAUAGCUUAUUUUUUGGAUCAAUUUUUAGCUGUUCUAAUAAUAUGAAGCUCAACAAGUUUGGCAUCGACGAUUCACCUAUUCCUAUCUCCGGUUUCUAUGCACCGUGCUCCCACCCUCAAGUAUCCAGUCAUUUAACUCUUCUUGCCGAAUCCCUGCCGUCUGAUUCAAAUGAUGAAUCAGUAGUGUCGCCUAUUAUUAGGAGUAAUCGGAAUAGGUGCUCCGUUCCGGGCAUUCUUUACAAUACAAAUACAAUGGAAAGUUUCCAGGCUUUGGAUAAACAAGGCCUUUUCAAGGCAGAAGCGAUGAAGAUUUGGGAGGAUAUUCAUAGUGGGAAAGCUGUGGAGGAUUGUGCCGCAUUGUCAAGGUUCCUUCUUAUCUCAUUUGCAGACCUGAAAAAAUGGAACUUUCAUUAUUGGUUUGCUUUCCCUGCUCUCGCACUUGAUCCUCCUGCUACCUUGGUUGAUUUGAGGCCAGCUUCUCAGUGGUUCACCUUGGAAGAGGCAGAAUCCGUGUCAGCAGCAUGUAAUGAAUGGAGGAAUUCAAGUGCAACAGCUGAUGUUCCAUUCUUUUUGGUUAGUAUUGGUUCUGAUUCAAGUGCUGCUGCCAGGCAUCUUAAGGAUUCGGAAGCUUGUCAGCAUGAUGGUCAAAAGUUACUAUUUGCAUUUUAUGACCCAUGUCAUCUACCGAACAAUCCUGGCUGGCCUCUCCGCAACUUCCUUGCACUUAUUUCUUCCAGAUGGAAUCUGAAAACUGUUUGCUUUUUGUGCUAUAGAGAGAAUCGAGGUUUUGCUGAUUUGAAUUUGUCACUUGUUGGUGAAGCCUUAGUUUCGGUUCAACCAGGUAGAGUGGCACAAAUUUUGGGUAACAGCUUAUUUUUUGGAUAAUUUUUAGCUGUUCUAAUAAUAUGAAUUCAUCCUACACUAUCUUUCUUGUAACACCCAUA